AUGAGACAAUUAAGCUGCAUAAACACACCGACAACAAAUGGAAGCCAGCGGACGCCCACGCCCCGGCGGGGAGCAGGAAAAGCCAGCAUGUCUUCCUCCAGUGUGGGGCGCCGCUUGGCUGCCUGUUUACUCAAUGUCUCGGAAGCCAGGAGGAAAGACGUGGUUGAGAACAUCGCCAAAGCAGCUCUUCUUGGGGAAAACGGGGAGAAACGUCCUGAAGUGUCAGUGCUCAAUAUAUUUUCUGAUCAAGACUACAACAGAUCAGUCAUUACCAUAGCAGCUUCUGUUGAUGAAUUAAACCAUGCUGUCCUGGGCGCCUGUGUGGAGGCCUUCCGGGCUAUCGACAUGGAGGCUCAGGAGGGGAUCCACCCGUGUCUGGGAGCCGUGGACCUGAUCCCCAUUUACCCGCUCGCCGGUGUGGGAGUGGAAGAGUGUGGAGCCUUGGCCAGAAGCCUGGCUGAGACCCUCGUCCUGAGCGUCCCGGGCAGCAGCGUGUUUCUCUUCGGCGAGGCCGACCUGCCCCAGAAGCGCCCUCUGGUCCAGAGAAGGAAGCAGCUGGGCUGGUUCGCGAGGAGGGACCUUGGUGCCCUUGAACCCGACCUGGGAGCGGCACCUGCCCGAAGAUGUGGCUUAACAGGCAUUGGUGCCAGCCCGUAUGUGAUGAACUGCAACGUUACCAUAGACACCCAGGACUUGGCCCUGGGGAAAGAGAUUGCUGGUGCCAUUCGGGGCUCAAAUGCAAAUGGACUGAAGGGCGUCCAAGCGAUGGCUUUUCCCCAUGAGGGGAAAAUUGAGAUAGCUUGCAACGUGGAGAGUUUUGGAAACCAUGAAGCUACAGAGACCUCAGAAGAGUCUGGAUACAUGGCUUAUCGUGUUUGUGGGGACCAGUUUUCUUACGUAUCCCCUCAUUACAUAGAAACUCAAGUUAAAAAGUUGGCAGGUGAUCGAGGAAUUGGUACCAUUGGGAGAGCACUAAUUGGAUUUACUCCCCAAGAGUGCAAGAACUGUGCUGAAUAUGCUAUAAAGGAAAAUAUCGGGGAAUUCUGGAAGACACGAAGAGGCGUUUUCAUGUGA